GCCAUCACUACCGGCACCUACAACUGGUAUUUUACUGCAGCAUUUAUAUGGCGAAAAUGGAAGUUUUACUGACAUUGGUGUUUUGCUUAAUGCUUUUAGCUUCCAAAGUCGGAAUAUGCAGCACAACAACUGCAAAAAGACCUACAAGUUGUGAAGACAAAUUCAAUGCUUUCCCAGGUCAUUCAGCGUGUCUUGAACCAUCCGAAAAGUUCAUCAGUGGAGGAGUUUCAGCUGAGGAUAAAAUGUUAAUCGUAGAUCAACACAACAAGUAUAGAAGGCAGAUAAAACACGCUAGUGAUAUGCAAAUGAUGGUAUGGGAUGAUGAGCUGGAGCGUGUGGCCGAAGGAUGGGCUAAGCAGUGCAUCAGCGAUCAUGAAGACGGCAUUCUGCGGCGAAUACCGGGUAGAUUCAGCGUUGGGCAGAAUCUCGGAAUAGAUUACACAAGUUGGGAAAAUUGCAUCUCUGGAUGGUUUAAUGAAAGCAAGGAUUUCAGAUAUAACGAUUCUUCGGUAAAAUUUGAGGAUGUCGGUCACUUCACUCAGCUCGUUUGGUCUGGUAGUAGUCUUGUGGGCUGUGCAUUUGCCGUGUGUAAGGGCGCCAGUGGAAACCAAUGGAAAUUUUACGUGUGCAACUAUGGACCAAGUGGAAACGUGGCAGGAACGUUGACACCAUACAAUGUAGGCGAGAAAUGCGGAGGCUGCAACUUGACAUGCAACGACGGGUUAUGCGACUGCGGUGGAAUAGUGUGUUAUAACGGGGGCAUACUUGAUCUGAAUACGUGCAGCUGUUCGUGUUUCAAGAACUUCCACGUUGGGCACCAGUGUGAACUUGACUGCAACCUAGCCCAAGAUGAGUGGUAUUGCGAGAGUCAUUAUACGCGAAGCGCGUGCGGUACACAAAAUGCACCCUUGGAGUGCCCGAACAUGUGUAGCAUAUGUCCUUGGUCAGGGAGGAACUAUACAGCAGGCAGCGUCACUGUUCCCGGACCAGGGAGUAACUAUACUGAAGGUACAGUCACUGUCCCAGAAAGACCUCCGCCUAUCAUCAACCGGAGUGCAGACCACGGAAUUGGAUCCAUGAUUAUCAUCGCUGAAAUAAUAUUAAUCUGGCAAACUGUGCAUGGUUGAACGUUUUUCCAAUAUACAUAAAUAAAAAUAUUUUUUUAAACAGCCAUUUAUUAACUCAAGAUGAAAAUCUCACAAACUCUUGGCCAAAUCGAAUUGGCCCAUGGAUAACCGGAUAUAAAGAUAGAGAAAGUAUUCUGAUUGUUUUCACUUUUCUUGUGAAUGCUUUGCUCCCAAAGGACCAUGGUAAAAAAAAAAGGACGACGAAAAAUGCUGGAAAUGCAAAGAUCAAAUUUACCAGUUAAUAUUUAAAAUGUGAUCGACUACGAAUUAAUUGAUUAGGCCCUAAUUAGUUUAUUUAUUAAGAAGGCAAUAGACUUUAAAUAGAGAUAUGCCUAUUUAUGCCUACCGGUAUUUUUCUACUGAAAACUUCCUUAGCAGUGUGGAUUUUGUCGCUUACAACAACAAGUUGCGAUUUACGGCCGUAUUACUAGUCAUCUUUGUUUUGUUAUGCAAAUGAUUUGUUCAGUAUAGGCCUAUAUAUGGCCAAGAAGUAGUUCUGGGCGCGGCCACGUUUGUAACUGACGAGCAGAAUGCUCAGGUCGCCAAGUCUCAAGAUUUAUUGUAGUCAGUUCGGCAAAAUCAGUGGAUCACCAUCGGGCGGGAAAAAGCCACGUAGGCCUACAUUUCUCUUUUCACCAUGUCAGUGUAUGCAUGUGCGUGAAUAAA